CAGGGGAGCGACACAAGGGGAAACCCACUCAGCAGCUGGUGAUCCAGGUGACACGGUGGACACGGCAGGUCAUUCCACACUCAGCUGCCCCGACACUUAGCCUUGGGGAGCCCGGGUUUGAGAACCUGUGUCGGGCUGACCCAGAGCCCAUCCCCACCUACACCCUUUCCCUUCUCCGGGGAGCACAGCAGAAAGCCAGCUUGGCACGGAGGCACUGCCUGGCAGCAGCCAGAAGUCAGCCAGAGCUGGGGGACAGGAUCUCCACUGUCGUCACCUAGUGCCUGGGGAAGGAGGGAGAGGAAGAUGAUUGGGCUCAGCCUGGUGACCCAUCCCAGUAAGUCCACCUCAUCCUAGUCAGUCUGCCUAGCCAGGCGAAAUCAGCCACCUGUUCUUCAUCCCCCCCACCCUCCGCCCCCAAGUACCUCAGAAGGACCGGGGAAGAGAUCUGGGUCCCCCCACCUCCAGCGGCUGUGUGACUGUACCCUCCCCAGGCCACUGCGGGGCGGUGGGGGGAGAGCUAGCCAGAGCCUCCCGGUGUCGGGGCCGGGUCUGUGCGAAUGGGCCCCAAGCCUCCAUCGGACCCGCGCCACGUCCCCGCCCUGCGAGCUGCGUGCCAUCCGCGCCCACCAAGGAGAGGGGUUCGCCUACCACCAAUGAUGAACAGAUCUUGAUACACUUGAGUUACCAUCCAUACACAAGAUGCCCAUAGAGAGAUUGACUCCAUCUGCAAGCCCAUGAAGGCUGAGGCCCCUUCUGGCCCAAAGAUGGGGAACAUCACUACAGACAACUCCUCAGGAACCUGCCCCAUUGACCAUACCAUCCACCAGACACUGGCCCCGGUGGUCUACGUGACUGUGCUGGUGGUGGGCUUCCCAGCCAACUGCCUGUCCCUCUACUUCGGCUACCUGCAGAUCAAGGCCAGGAAUGAGCUGGGAGUGUACCUGUGCAACCUGACCAUUGCAGAUCUGUUCUACAUCUGUUCACUCCCCUUCUGGCUGCAGUAUGUACUCCAGCACGACAACUGGCCCCAUGGGGACCUCUCCUGCCAGGUGUGUGGCAUCCUCCUCUAUGAGAACAUCUACAUCAGCGUGGGCUUCCUCUGCUGCAUCUCCAUCGACCGCUACCUGGCUGUGGCCCACCCCUUCCGCUUCCACCAGUUCCGAACCCUGAAGGCAGCCGUGGGCGUCAGCGUGCUCAUCUGGGCCAAGGAGCUGCUGACCAGCAUCUACUUCCUCAAGCACAAGGAAGUCAUCGAGGACGAGGACCGGCACCGAGUCUGCUUUGAGCAUUACCCCAUCCAGUCCUGGCAGCGCGGCAUCAACUACUACCGCUUCCUGGUGGGCUUUCUCUUCCCCAUUUGUCUGCUGCUGGCCUCCUACCAGGGCAUCCUUCGGGCUGUGCGCCGUAGCCACGGCACACAGAAGAGCCGCAAGGACCAGAUUCAGCGGCUGGUGCUCAGCACCGUGGUCAUCUUCCUGGCUUGCUUCCUGCCCUACCACGUGCUGCUGCUGGUACGCAGCCUCUGGGAGGUCAGCUGUGAGUUUGCCAAGAGCAUCUUCAACAUCUACCAUUUCUCCCUCCUCCUCACCAGCUUCAACUGUGUAGCCGACCCGGUGCUGUACUGCUUCGUCAGUGAGACCACUCACAGGGACCUCGCCCGCCUCCGAGGAGCCUGCCUAGCCUUCCUGACCUGCUCCAGGACGAGCAGGGCCAGAGAGGCCUACCCUCUGGGUGCCCCCGAGGCCUCUGGGAAAAGUGGGGCCCAGGGCGAAGAGCCCGAAUUGUUAACCAAGCUCCACUCAGCCUUCCAGACCCCUAACUCACUGGGAGGGGGAGGGUCGCCCACGGUUGGGUUGGCCUAACUUAAGUCGUCUGUAUGUGAGGCUUGGUUAGGCCUGAGCCAUCACCAACAGGCCUUGUGGUCUGGAGCUUGCCUGGUGGCUGUCUCCCACAUUGCCAUUACUUCUUUCCUGGGGAGGAAAUGUGGUCCUGGGCCACAGCUAGGGCCCUCUGGCCCAUGGAAGCCCUGUCUUCUCUCGUGUUCUCUGCUGUCACCUGGUCUACAGGUGGGAGGGAGGCAGAAUUGUCACUCCCAGGAGGUUUGCAAAGAGCAGCAGGGCUGGAGCGGGGAGGAAGAGAGUAGGAACCAAGGUGUUCACCUGCCAAGCCUUCCUGUGCUGCUGUCGGCACACGAGAUACCAGUCCAAAUGUGCUGUGGUCUUGUGUGAAGCCAUGUCGUCACUACUAACGCUUGAGCUCACCUCUACAACAAGGCUAGAGGGGAAGACAGGUUAAGGUGAAGAAUGGGGGGGGGGGGGGGGUACUGGUGUGGGUACUGCAGCAGAGUGGCAGUCCGGGAAGAAGCCCCAGGGCCAGACAUAUCUCACUUUUACAGUGCUAAAUUGAACAGAUUCACCAACCCCAAGGGCUGAUGGCAAAUAAACAAACCUCAGGGCUCCUCGGGGAGAUGCCAGGGGCCCUUCAAAACAUCAUCCUAAAACUCAAGUAAGAGGACUUGGGCCUGAAGCUGUGUCCCUAGCCAAAGGACAUGGGCUCUUCUUAAUUAGCUUUUUGUUCCCAUCUGACCAGAGUGCUAGACCUGAGAGAGAGGGGGAGAAUAUACAAAUGGCAGGGUGCCCAUGGCAACUGUGUGCCAAGACAGUUACCCGGGUCAUGUGACUGCUGCCAGUAACCCCUACCCUUCACCCCACACACUCUAGGGCAUCCAGAAGCCCCAGAGUCCCUAGGUACCAUCAAACUAACAAACUAACAAAACAUACACAUCGUCAUAUCUCUUGACUACAGGUUUGAGCUCAAGCUCCACUCUGGUAUAAGUAGUUCUUGUAAGAGAGUUGCCAGAGAUGGCUGUACGUCAGAGAGACCCGCACCUACCCCAGCCUAGGACCUUGUGGGGCAAUGGUGACAGCUGAGUGUUCUCUUCAUUCAUUCACCUCUUCAUUACACAGUAUUUCUCCCUGUUUUGACCUGCAACUCUGGAUUCUUACUGGCUUGGACUGGAACAAGCUGAGCCUGGCUCUCCUUACUGUGGAGAGCUGUAUUUUUGUAUUGUCAUCUCUCUUAUGCCAAGUAUAAGUGUGUUGGACUGGGAGGUGGAUUCAUGUAGUGACUUCAGUCUGCAAAUAAAACAAAGUAACCAAUCA